CGGAAACUAAUACCAAUGCCUAUUCACAAUAAUCAUUUCCAAGAGCAAAAAAGAAGAAGAAAAUAUACUCCUAUCUAGAAGAACUCUAAGUUAUCAUCAGCUGAAAGAAUGGAGGGAGAAGCUGCUGCCACCGUCCUUCAAGUUCUUGUUCAAAACCUCAUCGACCAUUCCAAGAAAGAGUUCUUUCUUGUGCGAGGCCUCAACAAAGAAGCAGAAAAGUUAACUCUGAGUCUGGACACGAUCCAGAAAUUCUUGAACGAUGCAGAGAUGCGUACCAUCCCGGGUGAUGCUGUCAAAAGCUGGCUCAAGAAGCUUGAAAAUGUGGCCUUCGAUGCUGACAACGUUUUGGAUGAGUUCAACUAUCAUCUCCUCUGCAAACAAAUCAAGCCCAUCAUGCCCAAUGAACCCGUCAAACCCAUGAAACAAAAGGUACUCUCGUGCUUCUCACCAUGCGUUAAAUAUUCACGCUCUCGAAAUAUGGCUCUUAGGAUCCAAGAAAUCAAUGAGAAUUUGGAGGCCAUUCACAAAGAGGGAGCCGGGCUUGGCCUCAAAGAGAUGCCUCCCACCAAUGUGCCCACUUUGCCUGUUGUGUCUCGUGAAACUGACUGUUUCACUCUUGAUCCAAUUUUUAUUGGAAGAGAUGACGAGCUGUCAGAAUUAGUUGAAAAGGUUACCGCUUGUAUCACAACUGAUGAACGUGUUUCUAUUCAUGCUAUUGUGGGAAUGGGAGGAUUGGGGAAGACAACUUUUACUAGGAAAGUCUUUCAUCUUCUAAAAGAAGAAAAUCUGUUUGGAUUACAUGUUUGGGUGCAUGUUUCGCAAAUUUUUGAUCCAAUGGCUCUUCUAAAGAAAAUCCUCAAAGAGUUGAAUCCCGAAAAAGUUGAAGCUGAGAUGAGUAGGCAAGAUAUUAUGCAAAACCUGGGAGAAGAAUUGAAAGAAAAAAAAUAUCUUCUUAUUCUUGAUGAUGUUUGGAAUCAAGAACUUAGCAAAUGGGAAGAUUUUAUCAAUUCCUUGAAGGGCGUUAGUUCUAUUAAGGGAAAUGUUAUUGUUGUUACCACCAGAAUUAUGGAGGUCGCUUCAAUUGUGAGUCCACAUUGUCCACACAAGUUGAAAGAGUUAUCCGAACAAGAUUGUUUGUCAAUUAUCAAAGAAAAAUGCUUUGGUAAAAAAGAAUUCCCGUUGGAAUUUGAGGCUAUUGGGGAAAAAAUUGCGAAAAGAUGUAAAGGUUUGCCGUUAGCUGCUAACGUAGUUGGUGGAGUAUUGCGAAAUAAAACUAAAGAAAAAUGGAUCUCAAUCGAAGGGGGAUGGCUUGCACACAAGGAAGGAGCUCAUAUCACAAAUAUAUUGAGGUUGAGCUAUGAUGAAUUGUCUAUACCAUCACUCAAGAAGUGUUUUGCAUACUGUUCUGUUUUUCCUAAAGGUUGCAGAUUUAAAAAGCAUGAAUUGAUUGAGUAUUGGAUGGGAGAAGGAUUUCUCGAAGCUGAUGAAAAUAAUGACUUGGAAUUUGUGGGAGAAAACUUUUUCAAUAUUCUUCUUGACAACUCUCUACUGCAAAAUGCAGGAAGAAAUUUUGGCGAGGUGGAAUAUGUGAUGCACGAUCUUGUGCAUAAUCUUGCAUGUUCUGUUUUAGGAGGUUCUCAUAAUGCAUCUGGCAUCUUCCCAGUUCGAUACAUGUUCCUUGAAGACAAGUCAAAGGAUGUUUUGGAAAAAAAUGCAAAAUAUUUGCGAACAUUAUUGUACAUGCAUGAGAGUUAUGGUAAUAUGUUCUCAGAUUUCAAAUGUCUCCAUGUUUUAACAUUUGGAAAUGAUUUGGUUGAUGAGUUGCCAAGUUCUAUCAUGAAGUUGAUACAUUUGAGAGUUCUUAAUAUCAACGAAUCAAAUAUUACAUGUCUUCCGGAUUGGAUUGGUAAACUGGUUCACUUGCAAACAUUGAGAGCAGAGGUACGUUAUGUAGCAGAGCAACUUCAACUUCCAAGCACUUUGAAGUACUUGACUAACUUAAGGCAUCUCUAUGUUAAGGAAGACGUAGAUUUGCCUGCGGAGAUGGGGCUAUUAACUUCUCUCCGAACCCUAGAGUAUUUUAGGGUGGGCGAGAGGAGUGGCUUCAAAAUUGAAGAACUUGGAUGUUUGGAUGAUCUCAAAGGAAGUUUGACAAUUUCAAGGCUGGAAAAGGUUGGUAACAAGGAAGAGGCUGAGAAAGCAAAUCUACAUAAAAAGUCAAAGUUAUUGGAGUUGAACUUGAAGUGGGAUCGGAAUAGAGAAGGUGAAACUACAAAUGAUGAGGAUGUGUUGGAAGGCCUUCAACCUCACUCAAAUUUGAAGAAGUUAAGGAUUGAAGGAUUCAAGGGAAAAAGAUUUCCAUUAUGGACUCGAAAGAUGGAUGUUGAAAAAGUGGGUCAAACCUCUUGUGUACCACUUAACAAUUUGGUUGAGAUAACUCUCUCAAAGUGCUCUGAAUGUGAAGAAAUAUCAAUGUUAGGGCAGUUGCCAAAUCUCAAGCUUCUUCGUUUGUAUGGAUUGAGUAAUGUGAAGUCCAUAAAAUCUUCUGCCCAUAAAUCCCACUGUAUUGUUUUUCCAGCUCUUGAAAGCCUCGAAAUGUAUAACAUGCCUAGGCUGACAGAGUGGGUACACACAGAAUCAGUGGGUGUAAGUGGUGUCAAGCUAUUUCCUCACCUCCAACGCUUGGAGAUCGAAAGUUGCAAUCAAUUGACGAAUUUUCCAGCUAUUUUCCUCCCAGAUUGGUUAUUCAAUAGCAAUCCCAAUCUGUCGGUAUUGGAGAUAAAGGAAUGCUACAAUUUGAGAGGACUACCAGACGGUCUAUGCAGCAUCAAAUCUUUGGAGAAGUUGAUUAUAAAAGAGUGUCGAAAUUUGGAACAUAUGGGCGUACAACAAUCACAAGGAAGCCUCACAUGCCUUAAAGAGUUGGAGAUUGUGGACUGCGAUGCUUUGCUUUAUCUGCCAUGUGAACUGCUAGGAUCCUCGCUUGAGACACUGAGGUUGGAGGAUUUAAGUAGCCUAAAGAAUGUAGCUGAGAUAAUUGACUAUCUGCCGAAAUUGGCCCGUCUAACAUGGUUGAGAAUUCUUGGUGUUCCUCAAUUUUCGGCUGUUAAUUUUAGUAUUAGUCAUAGCCUGGUAUUAAAUUUUAGUGUGCUGGGAUCAAUGGGGAUUGUUGAUGUCAUAUUGCAAGGAUGCAGCUUCCCAAUUCAUGAAUUAGAAUUGAAGGGGAGGGAAGGUUGGGAAAGUCUGCCGGAAUCAAUUCAAACUCUCACUGCUCUGGAAAUAUUAAGAUUGGAGAAUUUUGGAAUGGAAGAGUUACCUGAUUGGUUGGGAAACUUGUCAGACCUACGGGUGUUGUAUAUAGGUAAUUGCAAGAAGUUAAGGCGUCUACCCAUAAAUGUGAUACGGUGCAUCGCUAAGUUACAAUACUUACAUAUAAAAGACUGCCCACGAGUAUGUUUUGACAUUUCCCAAUGGCCCGACAUUUCCCAUAUCCCCUACAUCUGGAUUGAUGGACAACUAGGAGUGGUGAGGGGAACAGAUGAUGAUGAUGCAGUGCGCAGAGAGGAAAUGUGGAGAGAUUUCUUGGAGCGAAAGCAAAGACAAAAUUCGUACACUGAAGUAAAAGAAGCUAAAGAUGAAGUUGAAGAAGAAGCUGAAGUUGAAGCUAAAGAUGGAGAAGCUGAAGUUGAAGCUAAAGAUGUAGAAGCUGGAGAAGAAGCUAGGAGGUGAAGACGGAAUUAUUGUGCAUCAAACAUUUCUUCAAAUUCACACUGGUUUGGCCGAAGAAGGUGAAGCAGAGACUUGUUUAAAGAGCAGUGUCGAAUUUGCAUACCAAGAAAGUUUGACGACUGUACUCAUUUAUUCCAGGUGUUAUUGCAUGAGAGUUUGGAUUAAGUACUAUAUCAACUUACAAAUUAAGAGAGUUGCACGAUAUUCACAACAUAUGUUUCCUUACAAUGAAAAAAUAUGUUCCAGUUUGCUGGAUAUUAUAUUCAUGUUUAAUAUUAUACUAUAGUUAUA